AAGCCCCCAUUCGUUCCACGCUCAGUCCUAAACACGUGUUGUUAGAGUAGCUGCGUGUUGAAGUUUCUCUAGCUUUUGAGAAUCGAAACAAGCUGUUUUAGCUACAUAACGAUUUAUUUUUUUAAUUUCCCAAAACCUCAAUCGUAGACGUAUAGUCCUCCGUGAAGCAUUCGCCGAGAGGAGAAAUAUCAGAAAUAAACGGAAGCAAGCAUGACUGAAGCCGAAGUGAAUCCCAAGGCCUACCCCCUGGCCGACGCCACACUUUCCAAAACCAUCCUGGACCUUGUGCAGCAAGCCUCCAACUACAAACAGUUGAGGAAAGGGGCCAAUGAGGCCACCAAGACAUUGAACCGUGGUAUCUCUGAGUUCAUUGUGAUGGCUGCUGAUGCUGAGCCACUGGAGAUCAUCCUCCACCUGCCGCUGCUUUGCGAGGACAAGAACGUCCCCUACGUGUUUGUGCGCUCUAAGCAGGCCCUGGGGCGUGCCUGUGGGGUCUCCCGCCCCGUCAUCGCCACCUCAAUCACCAUCAAGGAGGGAUCUCAGCUGAAGCCCCAGAUCCAGUCUACCCAGAUGGCCAUUGAGAGACUGCUGGUUUGAUCUGGUUGCUGCUCUGCUCUCUAUAGUAUUGGAUAGUCUAAAGGACUAUGUCAGGCAAUUGAAUUGUGUGUUCUUUUGGAUAGUUGAAUUGAAUUGUCUUUGGAAGAUACAUUGUAUUUUGUCAGGGACAUACUAUGUUAUGUAAUUUACUCUUGUUUUGUGAUAAUAAAACAUUUCUUUUUACUAAUGUG